AUGAAAUUUUUUAUAUUUUUGAUCGUCUUGCAAGCAUCAAAAGCUUCAAAGAUUUUAGGAAUAUUUCCAACACCAUCAAUUAGUCAUCAGAUUGGAUUCCACGUGUUAAUGAAAGAUCUUGCAGCACGAGGACAUGAACUGACAAUUUUAACAACAGAUGCAAUAAAAAUCGAAAAUCCAAACGUCACUCAAAUUGAUUUACAUUCUGCUUACGAAGUCUUUAAAAGAGAAUUUAAUUUUGUGAAGAUCUCAAAAUCAGACAUGGAUGAGGCUGAUCAUAUUGAAUACUUUUCAUGGAUUACGGAAAUAUUUUUGGACGAAGAACUUAGUCACGCAGAAGUCCAAAAAUUGAUUGUGGACAAGAAUAAAUAUGAAUUUGAUGUGAUGAUAAUUGAGCACAUUUACUACACUCCAAUGUUGGCAUUCGCUGAACUUUAUGACAUUCCAGUGAUUGGAAUAUCCACGACAGAUAUGUUUAAUGAGAACCAUGAAAUGAUUGGGAACUCAGCAAACAUAGUUCUUCAUCCUGAAAUUAUGUUUCCAUUUGUUCAAGGUAGGCUCAACUUUCAGGAACGAUUGAAAUGUUUGAAGUAUUUGCUGAAAUAUAAAUUUAGAAUUCAACCAAGCCACAACAUCAAAAUGAAAAGAAUAGUUGAGAAGCAUUUCCCGACAGUCAAUCCUGAUCUUGAGAAACUUAACAAUAGGAUUGAAUUUUUAAUUGUCAAUGCACAUCCAGUUAUGGGAUAUAUUAGACCGAUCUUGCCAAAUACAGUUCAAAUAGGUUUCAUGCAUAUUGAGGCACCAAAACCAUUGAAAGAUGGACCAUUAAAGCACUUUCUAGACAAUUCUGAGCAUGGAGUCAUCUACAUGAGUUUUGGAUCAAACGUCCAAUCUACAGAUUUAAGUUCUGAGAUUAAAGGAAUGUUCCUCAAUACUUUCAAAAGACUAAAAUAUGACUUCAUAUGGAAGUUCGAGAAUGAUGACUUACCAGAAAAGCCUGAAAAUGUAAUGAUUCAAAAAUGGCUUCCUCAAGCUGAUCUGCUUGCACAUCCAAAUAUUAAACUUUUCAUUACUCACGGUGGACAGCAAUCAAUGGAAGAAACAAUUGACAGAGCAGUUCCAACAAUCGUAAUCCCAUUUAUAGGCGAUCAACCUGCAAAUGCAAAACGAAUGGAACAGAAAGAAAUCGGAAAGCAUUUAGAACUCAAAUCUCUUACUUCAGAGAAGCUGAAAUCUACCAUCCUUGAAAUGCUGAAGCCAAAGUACAAAGAAAAAAUCCAGAAACUUAGAGAAUUAGUUUAUGACCAACCAAUGGCUCCAAGGGAUAAGGCAAUUUGGUGUAUAGAAUAUGUCAUCAGAUAUAAGGGUGCUAAACAUUUUCAUUACAUUGGAAAGGAUGUUCCAUUUUAUGAAAAAUAUUUCUUGGAUUUUGCAGCAAUUGGAAUCAGUACUGUUUGCGUUUUAAUGCUUGCUGGAUAUUAUGCUGUUAAGAAAUUAUUUUUUGCCAAAACUGUCAAAAAUAAAAGAAAUAAGCUCGAGUAA